UGCAUGCACUCGGGAGUCGCCUCAGCGUUGUGACCUCGAACUGUUAAAUGAGCCUCAGCAGUGAACUGUCGGUGUUGGAACAUCUGGGAUGUGUCAGUGACUCCGUGGGUCUAGCAACAUCUGUAAAGGGGGAAUAUUUGGUUAGACUUCAUGACUGCACAUGUCGAUACCUGUGGGAGAAUGGACAAUGUCGGUGUAACCAAAUAACUGUUCAGGAUUUAGUUACACGCUUUACCAUGGACUUUUUGUUGUUAUAUGCAACUUUCCGAUUUCACAUUGGAGGGAUGCCCAGCACAUUCCUGAUGUCUGUCAUUACCCGUGUCUGUCUGAUCACGUCCCUGAGUGUUGCUGGAAGAGCCUCCUACUAACUCCAUCCCACCCGACUGGUGGUGUACAAGUUUACAGCCGUUUCUAUCGUGUAGAGUGAGUUAGUGGCGUGGUACAGUGUUCUUGUUUUCUGGUAAUCAUUGUCACAGUUGUGCUGAAUGUACCACAGACAGGGGCAGUGGGGGCAUUUGUUUUCCGAAUGAUGAUGCGUUAAAAAACAGCCCGCUCUUUGUACUUUACGUUAACGUUUUAUCCUUCCAAUCAUGUUUGACCUUUCCAUCCCAAGUGUAUUACUAAUUAGUCUUUGCAAAGCAGUGAUUGGAGGACAUGUGUUAAUGUAUGGAUCAUGCUCAUGGGGACCAAGUAUCAGAAUAACACUGCGGUUCAAUCUCAAUUAAGCAGAUUCAAUUACUGUCAGAGUUUAUGAUUCAAGCCAAGGUUAUGUGCCAAUCAUGUGUAGAUCUUUUCUAAGCCUCACACUUAAUAUAUAGUUAAGGGAAAGGUUUUAAAAAUAAGAGAUGUUUGUUUUGCAUCAUCUGUAGGGAGCCUGGCCUCACUUAUGGCCACUGAUUUUGAAACAUUGGACCUGUCGUCUUGUUUUACAAAAUGCCUGUAUUCUCUCUCUGGGCUGUUUGGCCUUCAGACUUGUGUGUGUGUGUGUGUGUGUGUGUGUGUGUGUGUGUGUGUGUGUGUGUGUGUUUUGUAGUGCUUAAUUGAGUGUUCUUUUGUAAUAUCGUCGUCUUGGAAGAAAUGCUUCUGUGCAGCCAUGAGAUUUUUACAUGUCAGUGUACAUAGAUAACGUCUGACUAAUGCUCAAAAGCAUGGCGCCUAAAUUGUGUAAAGAUGUGUUUUGCCAUGAUAACGGGGAUUAUGGUGUGAAGACCAACUUUGGGUUUUUUUUAAUUUACUGCUAGAUGCGUCAUGUUUUAAAUUAGCUUUACUCUGGUUUGUCUCAACUUUAUAAACGAAGCCAUAAAAUCUGCUGUGAAACAGAGGAAGGAUCUGAAUUAUUAUUAUUAUUUUUUAAAUAAAUAACCAUUUUACAUCUGUAUUCAAAAUGCAGAUAUAGCCUAUCAUAACCUGCUUAUAGCUACACUUUUGUUUUUUUUUGUUACUCUUAUUUUACUGUGUGUGUGUGUGUGUGUGUGUGUGUGUGUGUAUGUAUAUAUAUUGAUAAUGUAAGAAAAAGACUACAUAUAUAUUUUUCUUGUCUGAUUAAUUUUACUGUUCCUAUUUUGUGAAUGAAGUAAAUGCCUCUACACAAUUAACGUGAAAAUAACAAUAAAUGUUUUUUUUUAAACCUCCCGCCUAAAUCUGCUCUCAUCAGCUUUUUAAUUCAAGAUAUAUACUUGUGCUCCUUUAACAUUGUCAAGCUCAUUGGGGGCAAUUUUUAAAAAUAGACUUAAAUAAAAGCUUUCAAUUGAAAAACAUUAAAAAACCACAAUACCCACAAUGCAACUUUCAGGGGGUGUUCUGCUAGUUGCAGCAAAUGUAGCAUUGACACGAUGUGAAAAUGAUUGGACUUCCAUCUUUAAAAUAAUUGGAUAUUUAUGAAAGAAAGUAGAAAUUGAGAUGUGAUGAGUUUGUCAAUGUGGCUUAAAUCUUUAAUGUAAAAAAAAUGUCAAAUAUAAAAAAUGCUGACUACAGCAGCCUUGUGCUGUCAGAACAACAGGGAUUUGGAUAAAUAAACGCUGCCGUUUUAAAUAAGUGCUCUUUGUAAAGCUCAGACACAAAACUAAAACGGGCAAAUUGAAGAAGAGCGUUCCCCUGUGCUAUCUGUCUAACACCCAGGCCCUUGACCCCUGCUGUCGACUGCGCUGCUCUUUCUCUCAAGUCCCUAAUGCUUCGUUUUAAUUUCCUCUACAAAGGCGCCUCCCAUGGCUGUUUGUAAAUGAUUAUUUAGACCUAUGGGGACCGAACAGAUCCUCAAUAUCACAUUACUUCUGCAGAUAUUAACAGCAUGACUUGCGACAUGUAAUGUGCAUGCCAAGUCGUGGGCCGGAAAUUUAAAAAAACAGUCUGAACAAGAACCACACACAAUGUUAAUUGUAAAAAAUACAUAUCAAUUACUUUAUUUUUUCAAUCUUUUACAUUUGACCUGUUUUGCGCGCAUGUAUGAAGUGCGUGUCCAUGCACACGUGAGCUAUACGCUCCCAAGGUAAUGACCUCGGUGUCAGUUUUGGAGGGAAAGUAAACAGUGACUUGUGAAAACAAGCCUGACCUCCGCAAGGCCAAAGCAACUGUGGUUUCACUGAAGACCUUUUGAAUGGUUUAUCCAUUAAAAAGAAAGUCCACCAUUAAAGGUUGAUUUAGCUCCAAAUCAGUGUUCACACAAACACAGCCAGCCGUGUCCCUUGGCAGGAGACCAGAGCAUCAAAACUUCAAUGGAUGAUGCGAUCAGAUGACAGUGGAGUUGGUCUGGACUUUGAGGCUGCAUCUCGAUAAAUGUGCACUGUUGCUGAGUUGUUCCAUUAAUCCUCAUCCAAGGAUUUGUCCCAAGACGUCAUCUUCCAAGUCUAUCUGUUUUUAACAAGAGACUUGUUCAGAUCUAAAAAUAAGUCGAAGCAGAAUACGGAUACAACUUCUUCAUGAAGCUGCUGUGGCUGAAGCUUGCUCUGUUGAUUCUUAAACCUUUUGUAAUAAUUAAACUCGGGGCCAGUUGGGACAAACCCUUUCUGCUGAGUCUGGAGCUCCUGGAAUAGAAGCGUAAGCUAAGGUGUGCCUUGACGUAGCCAGGACCUACAGGAAUUAAAAGUUUGCUCAGACUUGUUAAAAUGAUUUGAAACGUCCUGUAAUGUGUGUCAUACAUCCUAUGUGCAAUACUGUGUCAUGUAGUAUAAAAUGUAUCCCUGAUUUUGUGCUCCUCAGUCUUCUAAUCAUUCCUCAAAUGUGUCCGCACAUGCAGCUUAGGAUAAAAAAAAUCACAUCUCAGAGCAGAGCAAAAACAUGCUGUUGUGUUAUUUUAGCCUCUGGAAGCCAAGUUUGCCUGAACAGACGUGAUGAACAGAUGUGCUCAACAAUUAAAAAAAUGAGAUAAAUGAGGGCAGAGGGGAUUUUAUUUUUUAUUUUCUAAUACAUCCUUUAUUUUACAAGAAAGGUCACAUUGAGAUACAAUCUCUCUCCCGCCUGGCUGUCCCGUGGUCGAGACGGGCAGCAAGCAGCAGAGGUGAUCUUCAGGAGUAAGAGAAGAAAGUUAGAGCAAGUUCUCAUGAGAGACAAUAACUAAAAUGCAGAAAAUAUCUGAUGAAAUGCACUUCAGGCAUCAAUAGUAUCAGUACCAGUAUAAUACUAGCUUUAAUUCAGCCACCGGACCUCUAAACAGGCCUUUCAGUGUUAAUUAUUCAAAUGGAGCCGAGGGUGCAAAAAGAUUUGCAGCAAAGGCCUCACAUGAAGAUACCCCAGCAUGUGUUGCUCUGGUAAAGAGGGGGCAUGUGAUGUGAGUGACUGUCCACAGGCUCUAUUCCUAAGAAACACCCCCACAUUAUCUCUCUCACACACACACACACACACACACACACACACACACUUCCCCUAUCAUCAGUGUUGCUGUGUGUUUCCCUUUUCCAGGAACCAUGUGGAAAUAGUUAACCAGGAAUCCCCAUCUGAGAAGAGAAAGCCAUGUGUCACAUGACACAGAACUCCCUGAGAGCAACGCUACACAUGCAGCUGAGCCUCUCAGAGUACACCCAGUUACCCACACAUUUACUGUGUGCUUCCUCAGUGAGGAAGACUUUCUGUAUGUGAAUGUGGACUUGACUGAGCUCAUGUCAAAGAAGUUAUUCCCUAAAAGGCCACAUGUUUUCUCAGCUACACCACAGGCCACACAACACACACCAAAGUAAUUAACCUAAUUGCAACAAGUUGAACAUGGCAAAACAAAAAUAACGUUUGUGUGACUCAAUUCAAUUUAAAAUAUGACAGAUUGAUCAAAAGUCUUCUAAUUUCUUGAACAAAGCUGUUGCAUCUGGCAAUUUUUUAUUUUUUGCUGAAUUAAAAUGUUGAAAACACCGCUUAAAUCACAGUUAAGGAAAGUAAGGCAUUUGGCAAAUCAUAUUCAUUCACUUUGCUAUAAAAAAAAAUGGCAUGAUUGCUCACAAUACACGUUUUUUUGCGUAAAUUGGUGAUUUGGCAAACGACUCUCUGCUCUAUGACAGCGGGGAAGAGGCGGGUCCAGCAGCAAGUGUUAUAGGUGCCCGGGAGGCAGAUAUCCCUCUUCGGAAAGUUUGAGGACGCUCUUUGGUUCUUUGGAGAGGAGGGUGAACACGGGCCCACGCGUUUGCGCAACGAGCAUCAGUGGAUGUCAGAGGAAAGUUGGACGUUGCGUUUGUGAAAAACAUCCACCGACGGCAGCCACAAUGGAGAGCGGAUCCAACCGAACCACUGACCCGACCUGCCCGCUGCAGCCGCCACUCGCCAUCGACAUCAUCCUCAAUUUGGACAUCUUUGGCAUCAUUCUGUACUCUGUGCUCACCUUCAUGGCCGCAGUGUCCAUGCUGGUCUUCCUAGAGGAGUGUGUCUACAUCUUUAAGAAAGUGCCCACCAAUAAGAAGAGUGUCAUCAUCUGGGUGAAUGGGACGGCACCGGUGAUUGGCACCAUGUCGUGUCUGGGGAUGUGGAUCCCCAGAGCCACCAUGUUUACUGAUAUGACCUCUGCUUGCUACUUUGCCAUUGUGGUGUUCAAAUUCCUGAUCCUGAUGUUGGAGGAGGUGGGUGGUGAUGAGGCCUUCCUGAAGCGAGGAGCGAGACAUCGCCUUAAGAUCAGCACGGGGCCGUGCUGCUGCUGCUGCCUCUGCCUGCCGCACGUGGCCAUCACAAGGCGCUCUCUCUUCCUGCUCAAACUUGGCUCCUUUCAGUUUGCCAUCCUGAAGAUUGUCUUCACCAUCCUUUCCAUUGUCCUCUGGACCAACGGAACAUUUAACCUGGCUGAUUUGACCAUUAAAGGAGCUGCUAUAUGGAUCAACCCAUUUGUGGGCAUCUUGACAAUCACAGCCCUGUGGCCUGUCGCGAUCACGUUCAUGCACCUGAGGACUGCCCUGCGAACACUCAAGAUCAUCCCCAAGUACGCCAUGUACCAGCUUGUGCUGAUCCUGAGUCAGCUGCAAACGGCUAUCAUCAACAUCUUGGCUCUGAAUGGAAUCAUCGCCUGUGCUCCGCCCUUCGCCUCCGUACCCAGAGGAUACAUGUUGAGUCAGCAGCUUUUGAUCCUGGAGAUGUUCAUCAUCACGCUGGUGACACGCCUGCUGUACCGCCGACAGUAUGAGCCUUUACCCGAAGAGGAACCGGAAAUCGACAUAAACUCCAAGAUGGUUACAAUGACGGCGUCCGCAUGAGAAGUGUGUGUGUGUGUGUAUGUGUGUGCGCGUGCGUAUGUGUGUGUAAUUUCUAUUUCCUGCAUAUAUUUGAUUAAAUAUUUUUUAAGUCGAUGUGAAUAAAUGAAAUUAUGAGAUUUACCUAAAUGUGUCUUGUGGGUGUAACAGAGGUUCAAACUGUUUGAUUGAACAGUCACACCAGUCACACACCUUAUCAAGCAGUUAUCAUUGUUCCCACUUUGUCAUGUAAAAUUCCAUUUUGCCUAAAAAGAGCCUAUAUAGAUAUAGAUGCAUACAUUAGGUUAGUGUUCAGUUAUUUCAGUUAUUAUUCUGUAAAGAAUUUGCUCAGUUCAAACUAAACAGUGUUAUUGUUAAUUUAUUACUAGAAAUUAUAUUUUCCAUCUAUGUUGAAUUCUAUGUCUGCUGGUAGACAAAUUUGACAUCUUCAGCCUUUUUCAGCAUUCUCAUCUCCAGAUAUUAAUUACCAAUUGCAGUACCAAAUUACUUUUCUGUGAACUCAAAGGAUAUGAAAUAAAAUGCACCGGCAUGACUGUCAAGUCCUUCAGUUAUCACGUCCAGCUGACCCUUCAUGCUAAAUGUCUUCAACCAUGUGCCGCUAGAUGGCGGUAUUAAUCAUCACCUGCCCCUUCGUAUUGGCACUUUGUCAUGUCAGCUACCUGUUAGUCUUC